CGGAUAGUUAAAAACUUUUUGUUAUUUACAACGAGUAAUUAAUAAGAAAUGAAAUAUGCUGCUGUAGUGUUUAGCAUUUGUAGAAACACAACCAGUUUAAACAACAUAAUAAAGAAACUCAAUAAUUUAACAAGACAAGGCGCCUAUUUGUUUACAUUGACGACAUAAUAUUUUCUGUGUAGUUAAACACAAAACCGAAUGACAAUAAAUGAUUUUAUAAUACUCGUUAAUUAUAGAGCGAGCGACUUGUCCUUCGCUGCAGUGUGCGAUUCGCAAUUACAAUAAGAAACAGUAGCAGCCCGACAUGUCAAAUUAAUACUACCAGAUGUAAUCACGAGCUAUUGAAAAAGAGUUUAAUACAUGAUGUGUUUAUUAAAUUGUCGUAAGUUAUUUACGACUGCAAACGAACAAGUACUCCCGGCUCGUGUAAUUAUUGAGAACACGCUUAUAUUCUCGGUUUUACAUACAAUUUUCAACUUCUAUACUUAAACCUGUAGUUCUGUGUCUCAGGCAAAACUAAUGACUGACGACGUACCCGCACUUAAUUAUGUACGCAAUUAAAGUCUAUGCGUAAUUAAAUAAUUUAUCAAUUCGGUUACACAACUAUGUAUGUACGUGUGCAGUUUAAAAAUAAAGUUAACAAGAAAUACAUACUCUUUUUAUUUUAGAACUCUAUGGUGGGUGCUUAGGUUUAUCCAAGAGCGUAACUAAUGUAAUUCUUAUUUCAAAAUAGUAGUAGAUACGGGUAAUGAGUUGAGUGAACUUGUAAGUGCCACACAAGGCGACAACUACGGAUAUUAUCCCACGAACACAUAAGUCAAUCCAUAAUUACAGCCUGCCAUGUAUAAUCGAUCUAACGUAAUUAAACAAAUGGUCAGACGAACGGGUCCGGUCCCUUGGGCUGCCAUAAAAUUUCUUGUUCCGCGUGAGAUUGCCACAAUCUCAUCUUUUUAUAGAGAAACUAGUCGCGUUUCGAAGUGCGUUCACGUCGCGUAGUCGCAAAAGAAAAAUCUCAAGUACAAACUGGUAUAGGAAACUAGAUUUCCACGUCUGCAGGCGUUUAGAACGAUUAGCCGGGAGGGACGCAUUGUUGAUACGCUAUCAGCUGAUUGCGCGCAGUCCGCCAUGGUAGCGCGGCCGGAGCGCAUGCGCGCGUCUCUCGCGGCCCGCCCGCACCACGCGACGUCGCACGCGCCGCCGUGAGCGACGACACUGCAUGAAUGACAUUAUUUUAUUUAUCGUAAUGGCAUAAUAAGCACGAUGCCGGCCAACGGAAGGAAGUUCGUGCGUGUAGUGAAGUACUUGCUGGCCGGAGUGACAGUGUUCUGCGUCAGCUGGAUAGCCUGCGUGAGCGAGUGGCACUCGGUGCGCUGGCGCAGCAGCCGCGGCGAGCUGGCGCGGGCCAUGUCCACCAUGAGGACUAUAGUAGCCUACUCGGAGGGCAAGCAGGCGGAGAUGGAUCGGCCCACGCCGCUCACCUGCGACAGUCUACCGGUUUUCCCCAAAUUAUCUCAUAUUGAUCGGAGAUGGCCAGGCGAAGGAGGCAGUGCGCAGGAGUGGCAGCAGGUGGCCGGUACGCGCGUAUCGCUGUACGCAGCGUACUACGACGAGCGCGCUACGCAGCGCUACGUGCGUAUACUCGCCACCUUCCACGGUAGAAAUUAUUCAACGGAAGACACGUUGUUUUGCCAAACACGUUCAAGAAACGGGAAUUCUAUCGAAGAUUCUGUUGAAGUCGUUGCAGCAAAGCCUUUGGAGAUUUGGUGGCACAAAUGGGACAUUACAGUAUCGGAAGUAGAUACGCCGCUGCUAUUAUCAUGUCCUCUAACUGAAUCCCUCGACGGUCCCUCAGUGGUGUCCGUCGUUACGGAACCGUGCGAUAACCCGUCCAAUGCCUUCCAGCUAGAACCUUAUAAAGAGAAAAGCAACAAAAAGCGAAUGUUCACCAUUUGUGUUAAGGAUAUGAACUUCGAUAAAGAUAUAUCACAAAGCUUAGUCGAGUGGAUCGAAAUCAAUAAAAUACUCGGCGUAGAUUUGAUUGACAUGUAUGUAGACGAAGUCACAGAUAAAACAAAAGAAAUUCUACUGCAUUAUCGAGAUAAGGGUCUUGUAAGAUUGUUCCAUGUUCCUAUUAAGCAUAAGUCUGAUAGAUCUCUUUGGCAACGAAGGAGAGAUCACAUUUUAACAUAUAAUGAUUGUCUGUAUAGAAAUAUUAAAGAGUCUGAGUAUAUAGUGCCACUGGACAUAGACGAAGUGGUUCUACCGAAGAUUGCAGAUACUUGGCCGGAGCUACUGGAUCGUCUGAACAAAUACGGAUGGAAUUCCUCGCAACGGUCCUCCAUAAUGAUACAGAACGUAUUCUUCUUCAACUUCAUGCAAGAUAUUAAUAAGUACAAGAGUAUUAGUGAUAUCGGAGUAAUGAACAAAAUAUACGUCAAAAGGGACGACGUACGAAUAAAAAGAACCAACAACUUAGAAGUAGAUGAAAUAGAAUUAAUAGUUGAUUCAAAUAAUUUAAGUAAUGAAGUCAUAGGUGUUAAUGAAGUAGAUAAAGUGCUAUAUGAGAAGUACAAAGCGAGAUGCGGUACUGAGUUGCCGACGCCUAAAUUAGCAAAAGACGUAGUAAGUUCUGCAGUGAUCAGCCCUAUAGGGUUUUAUAGUAAGAGCUGGAUGCUGACUAAAAAGGUGUUAACAGCGUUCAACCAUUACCCUUUACAAAGCCUUGGCGCGUUAGGCUCCGUUGGCUGGUCAGCGCCCUUUAAAGAAGUGCAACUCAAUCAUUAUAAGGAGUCGUGCAACACGACGGUGGUUGGAGAGUGUGCGCGGUACGGCCGGCGCGCGCGGAUCGACCGCUCGGCGCUGCGCCUGCGACACCGCCUCACGCGAGCCCUCGCUGACGCCAUCUGCACUGGAAUAAAUGUUAUCUGAG